GCCCUUCCCCACCCCCAGACCAACAGCCCCCCGCCUGCCGCCGGGUGCGUGAAACGGCGGGUGGCCCGGGUGCUCCACCCCCCCGCGCUUCCCAUGUUGGAGAUGCUGCUUCGGGAGCUGGCGCCCCACGCCGAGGACAGCGUGGUGAGCUACUUAUCCGCCGCACUGGCAGAUGCCACCACUGAGGAGGAGGUCCGAGAAUGUUGCGAAGGUUGGUUGGAUGAGGCCGAAGCCAGCGGCCUCCAGCGCCUCUGCGCCGCGCUGAACCUGACUGCUCCGGAACCCGCGGCGCCGGAACCCGUGCCGCCGGCACCAGCGCGCCACUGUCUUGGGUAUCCCACUGGGCUCACGCAGACGGAGGAGCCGAUGGAGCCGGUGGAGGAGGAGGGUCCGGCACCUGUGAUUUCUGUCGCAGGAAGCGCCAGGCUGCUGGUGUUGUACUCUAGCAAUUUCUUCCGAUCUUCCAAAGGUUGGCACAGUCAACGGCUUUUAUCACAGGGGUCUAGUAUGGCCAUGUAUGGCCCUUGUGCAAUGUUCCCGGUUCCAUUUCAAUACCCUGCACAUCCCUCCACAGUCUCCUCAAAGAACCUUCAUCAGAUCACUGUGUGGAAAGCUCUACGCGACCAAGGGGCCAAGAGCAAGGUGAAGGGCCGUGCGAAGAAGAAGGCGAAGGAGGCGAAGGACCUGAAAAGCACUGCAGAACCGGCACCCUGGGAGUCCUUGGUGGAGGUGAAGGCGCGCGUCUCCCGGUUCCACCGCGAAGCCGUGGAGGACGAGAUCAGCGCGGCGAUCGCCGAGGUGGACGUUCAUGACCUUUGCAUCUCUGUCGCCGGAAGGGACCUGCUCAAGGAAGCAUCGCCGUCACCAACACUUGCCUGGCAUACAAUGAAUGGGCACGUGUGGUGGUGUCCAUAUUUCUGAAGGACGCCCACCUGAAGCUGUGUCCUGGGCAGCGC